UUUGCCUACAUAACCUCGAGGUCAACGAUGGAAAUGAAGGUAUCCCCGCCCCCAUUUGUGUAUCUGCCUUCGCACUUCGGGUCGACAACAUGAACACGAUGUCUGUGGCCUUACUGGCCCUUGUACUUCUCUUCGUUGCAUGCCUCGCGCAUCUUUUACCUUACCUCACAGAUCCACAUGCCCUCCGCUCCUACCCAGGCCCUUGGUUAGCCAAGCUGUCGGACGUAUGGCUCGGACGAGUAGCCGCUCAAGGCCACCGCUCUGAGGUUGUCCACCAGCUACACAAGCAGUACGGGACCUUCGUCCGGUUGGCGCCAAACCACUUGUCCAUCUGCGACCCGGAUGGGAUCCAGGACGUCUACGCGCACGGGAACGGCACGACGAAGUCGGACUUCUACGACGCGUUCGUGUCCAUCACGCGCGGGCUCUUCAACACGCGCUCCCGCGCGGACCACACGCGCAAGCGCAAGGUCGUCGCGCACGUCUUCUCGCAGAAGAGUGUGCUCGAGUUCGAGCCGUACACGCGCGUGCACGUCGCCGCGCUCUUCAGGCAGUGGGACCGGCUGUGCGGGCGCGGCGCGGAGGGCUUCGAGGGGAAGGAGGGCGAUGGCUGGCGGGGCGAGGGAGGCCGUGUGUGGAUGGACUGCCUGCCGUGGUUCAACUACCUCGCGUUCGAUAUCAUUGGGGACCUAGCCUUCGGGGCACCGUUCGGCAUGCUCCAAGCCUGCGCAGAUACUGCACCGACUGUCCUAUCCCAGGAGGCCGCAAUGGCGUCAUACGGUAGCUCAGGUAAGAAUUCACCAGAGGUGACCUACUGCCCCGCCGUGCAGAUUAUAAACGAGCGUGGCGAGUACUCCGCGUCGAUCGGCGUGCUGCCACCGCGCUGGCGACCGUGGCUCGUUCGGUUCUUGUUGGCGGGGAUGGCGAUCGCUGCGAUCUCGAAGCGUCUGGCUGCGCCGACGGAGAGGACGGACUUGCUAUCGAAGCUGCAGCAGGGGAAGGAUGAGGAGGGGAGGCCGUUGGGUGCGAAGGAGCUUACAGCGGACGCCCUGACUCAGCUCAUCGCUGGGUCAGAUACAACGUCGAACUCGUCGUGCGCGAUAGCCUAUCACCUGGCAGCCAACCCUGACGUCCAGGAGAAGUUACAGCGCGAGCUGGACGCAGCACUCGGCGGCGAGGAUGAUCCCGUCGUCACGUUCGAGCAAGUCAGACGUCUUCCGUACCUCGAUGCGGUGAUCAACGAGGGCAUGCGAGUCCACUCGACCUCUGGAAUCGGUCUGCCCCGCGAGGUGCCUACCGGGGGAUUGACGGUGUGCGGGCGGUUCUUCCCCGAAGGCACGGUCCUAUCGGUGCCGACUUACACUGUCCACCGAAACGAGGACGUAUGGGGAAGCGACGCGGACGUGUUUCGACCUGAACGCUGGCUGGAGCGGGAUAAGAACGAGCUCCAGAAGGCCUUCAACCCGUUCUCGUUCGGACCGAGGGGAUGUAUCGGCCGCAAUUUGGCGAGUAUGGAACUGUUUAUCAUCGUAGCUUCCGUAUUCCGACGGUACCACUUCGUCUUGGAAGACACUAGCCAAAAGUUGGAUACCAAGGAGGGUUUCUUGCGGAAGCCUGUCAAGUGCAGGGUGGGGGUCAGGCGCAGAGCAACAGGGAUCGGGAUGUGACCAGUAAGACUGGUUGAACAAGUCUGACAGCUGCUAUCGAUCUAAGUUACAUCUAGCAGAUUCAUGUUGUUGAUUGAGCGAUCGACCUACCUAACAGUGAGUGCGGUGAUGAAUAGGAGCAUCGAAUGAUAGACCGUGAAGACCUCGGCCGCGGAGACCCGAUAUUAGUCGAUUCAAGAGGUGAUGUACUAACGCAGAGUAGCAUAGUAGAUACAUCUUACUAGGCUUGGCGAUGGGGGUCGUCAGACCCGAUCGCACAUGUUUCCGCGCCGCCUGAUCAAACAAACUAUGUAACAUAGUGUUUGUUAUACAACCGCUGUAGUCCGACUCUUUCC